AUGAAUAUUCCAGAUGGAAUUCCAGUGCCUGAAGAUGCAUCACUGAAAGAAACGAUUACCAAGACAGCCGCCUAUGCUAAGCAAAAUGGUCCUUCAUUUGUAGAAAAGUUGAAAAAUGACGAUAGAUUCUCAUUCACAGAUCCUGAUAAUGAAUAUUACGAAUAUUUCCAGCACAUUUUGAGUUACGAUACUGAUAAAAGCUUACUACCAAGAGAGCCAUAUCCGUUUUCCUUUACCAGUUAUGAUAAGAAUUUAUCACCUAGAGAUUUGGAAAUCAUCAAGGCUGCAGCAGCAUUCUGUGUUGCCAAUGAAGAUUUGAACUACUUAGAUAAAAUGAGACAGCAAUUUGGUAGUAAUCCACAAUUUGGAUUUUUAAAUCCUGAUCAUUCCUUAAACGAGACUUUUAUCCAUUUUAUGAAUCAAUACAAGCAAGUAAAAAAGAAUACUCUGGAUCCACCAGCAUUUGAUUAUUUGAACGAAGACUACAAGAGUGUGAUUCUGCGAAGGAGUUUCCAAAGAGCUGAAUAUAGAGAAUAUGCUAAGGAGUUAGAGAAUGAAAAGAAACAGGUUUCCCGAUUACAAAAGAUCCAAUUUUCUGCAUAUGAUUGGACCAAUUUCAAAGUAGUACACACACUAACGCUGUCAAAUACAAGUAACGAACCCUUGAAUUUUGCCGAGUUAUCUCUAAGGAGAAUUAACAAAACUUCUGAGAUACCGUUGUUUAGCGGUAAGGAAUUUUCAACAAAUACUGAAACGACGAAGAAUAGAAAGAGAAAGGUGAAAGCCGCCGGUGAGACAAGAAUCAAAAGGAGAAGGGCUGAUGAAAAUAGCAGAGAUAUUCAAUGCCCCAUCACCCAUAAGAUGAUACCAGAGGACAAAUUCGAUAGGCAUCUACAAAUCCUACUGGGUGACCCUCAUUAUAAAACGGAAAGAGAGAAGUACAAGGCGAAACACAGACUCACCAACUUGAGUUCCGAUGAAGUCUUUGAAAACAUAAAGAACAUUGCGAGAAAUACAACAGGUUUGUAG